CCCAAAGUUAUUCUCAAUCAACCAAUUAAACUUCAAGAUAAUAGAUUAAAUCCAAAUAUGGAGGAGAUGUUGAAUGGAUUCCUCUUUGCAUGGCUUGUUACUUUAUCUUUAGCAACAAUAGCUGUUGCACAAGAUGACCAAUCAGGAUUCAUAAGCAUCGAUUGUGGAAUACCAGCAGGUUCCAACUAUACUGACAGAAUAACAGGACUAUCUUACACUUCAGAUGUAGGUUAUGUCAGUGGUGGAGUGAGCAAUAGCAUAUCCCUUAUUUAUCAAUCCAAUUCCCCAGAAAGGCUAUUUCUGACAGUUACAAGCUUCCCUUUAGGGACAAAAAAUUGCUACACUUUAACCCCAGCUCAAGGGAUUUUUGGCAAAUACUUGAUAAGGGCAAGUUUUCUAUAUGGAGAUUAUGAUGGAACUGGCCAAUUACCAAAUUUUGAUCUUUACAUUGGAGAAAAUUAUUGGGACACAGUCACAAUUUCUAAUGCUUCUAUACCAAUUAGGAAGGAAAUUAUAUACACACCCUCCACCGACUAUAUAACUGUUUGCCUUGUCAAGACAGAUACUACAACUCCUUUUAUUUCAGCCUUAGAGUUAAGGCCUUUGAAUAUUACCAUAUAUCCAACACUAAGUAAAUCAUUGGAACUUUAUGCACGUCUGAACUUCGGUACCUUAACCAAUCAAUACAUUAGGUACAACUAUGAUGCGUACGAUAGAAUUUGGAUGCCAUUUCUAUGGGACACAAAAGCAAUUAUUAAUACAACACAAGACGUACUUGAAAACACUUACAGAGUACCAUCCGCGAUAAUGAGCACGGCCGUGACACCGGACCCGUUGACCGCCACCAACGAAUCGGUGUCCUUUUACUGGACAGCUAAUAAUAUUACGGAAAGGUAUUACAUAUACAUGCACUUCGCUGAAGUCGUAGAAGUGCCCGUGACACAAAUAAGGGAAUUCAACAUUUAUAUAAACGAUAACCUAUUUUAUGGACCUAUGUCUCCAAACUAUUUGUCCACGACAACUGUGUACACAGUGUCUCCAGGCUAUGGUGUUGAGAGGUACGAUAUUGUGAUUAACAAAACUGCGAUAUCAACUCUUCCGCCACUCCUUAAUGCUGUCGAAAUUUAUAGAGAGAUAUAGUUGGUUAAUAAGAAAAUGUAUCAAUAUCUGUAUGUGGUGUGGAGUGAAAUAAGAGAAUUUUUCAUCAAGGAAAUCGAAGGCCGAGAUGGAGAGUUAUGGUGCAUGUGUUGUUGUACAUUUGUUGAAUUUACUUUUCUAUUUGUGGAUUAAAGCUAGCUCAAUUGACUAGUAAUUUUGAUUUUACAAACUGAUCAUUGUGCUCUAUUCCGCAAUCAGUAUCCGUUCUUCGUUAA